UCUAUAUACUAGUAGCCAAAUUCCAAACCUCGUUGAAACUCUAUAUAUAAUAUAACAAGGUACACAAGAGCAUAACCACAUGAAUAUCAUCAAUCAAACUCCAAUGAUGAGUUCGGUGAGUUUUGGUACAUGGGUUACUCCCAAUUCUAUCUUCAACCAAACAAUGAAAACCAAACACCAAACUUUCAUUCCCUUCAUAUUAAUUCCCAUUUCAUCAAUUACCAAUCAACAAAGAACACAAAAACUUUAUACUUCUCUCAAAUCCUCUACAGUUUUCACUAAGGUAGACAAAUUACACGACAAAAAUAUCGAAGAAGAAACCACGACCAAUUUCAAUUUCAAUGCUUACAUGCUUGAGAAAGCAAAUAUAGUGAACAAAGCAUUGGACGAAGCAAUUGUACUAAAAGAACCUGAAAAAAUUCACGAAGCCAUGCGAUACUCUCUCCUCGCCGGCGGAAAACGGAUUCGUCCGAUACUCUGCUUAGCCACCUGCGAACUCGUAGGCGGCAAAGAAGAAACGGCGGUCCCCUCCGCCUGUGCCCUUGAGAUGAUCCACACCAUGUCGUUAAUCCAUGACGAUUUACCGUGCAUGGACAACGACGAUCUUAGGCGUGGAAAACCAACAAACCACAAAAUGUACGGCGAAAACAUCGCGGUACUAGCUGGUGACGCGCUUCUUUCACACGCGUUUGAACACGUGGCAGUUAAUACAAAGGGGGUCCCACCAGGAUUAGUUAUUCGGUUAAUUGCUGAGCUGGCAAAAUCAGUGGGUACGGAAGGACUUGUUGCGGGACAAGUUGUGGAUUUGGAAUCGGAAGGUUUAAUGAAUGUUGGUUUGGAGAAACUUGAGUUUAUUCAUGUUCAUAAAACCGCAGCUUUAUUGGAAGCUUCGGUUGUUAUGGGAGGAAUAGUUGGUGGUGGUAAUGAUGAAGAGAUUGAAAAGUUGAGGAAAUUUGCUAGGUGUAUUGGUUUGUUGUUUCAGGUUGUUGAUGAUAUUCUUGAUGUUACUAAAUCUUCCGAGGAAUUAGGGAAAACGGCUGGGAAAGAUUUGGUUGCUGAUAAGGUUACUUAUCCUAAACUUUUGGGAUUGGAACAAUCUAUGGAAUUUGCUCGUAAAUUGAAUAAGGAUGCAUGUGAUUGUCUUAAUGGUUUUGAUUCCGAAAAAAUUGCUCCUUUAAUUGCUUUAACAAAUUAUAUUGCUUAUAGGCAAAAUUAGUGAUACAUUACAUAGAUUAAAUAUGUGUCUUUUUAUUAGCGGAGAUUUGAAUGUAUAAGUUUAGUUCUUCCGCUAUACACAAUCCUUUGGUAAUAGAUUGUUUUCUAUUUAGGAGAAAAAAUAAUUUAGAAUUAGUGUACCAAAAAAUUUAAAUAAAUUGGGAUUAUGAAAACAUUGGAUGCAUGUAGACUUGAAGUAACCUAUCAAAAAAAAUUUAAUUUUCCCC